UAGUGAAAUCAGGCUCCUAACAGUUACAACCAUCCGCCGGGCCUAAAGUUCAGAGAGAGGUCCGUGGGGUGAGUCGUCUUACUAACAGACGAUCUUUGGCGCUAGCUAAAGGGCUCCAGCUAACGAGCGUCCAGUGGAACCGGAGUCACCGGACAGCCGUUCCUCGCUUCGGUAUGAUGCCCGGUGACAGCGACAUGACCUCCAUCGUCCAGAGAAUAGCUCGGCAGGCUCUCGUCACCUUCAGGAGCCCGCCUCGGGUCGGCGAAGAGGCCGCUAAAUCUUUUUUGGAGAACCACAGCAAACUGAAGAGCCUGAUGACGGAAGUGCGAGCCGCCGACCUGAAGCUCGUCCCGCGGAGAGCCGACGACAGCUCGCCCGGUGUGCCCCCUCCGCUCCCGUACCACCACGGCGCGCCCCCGGUCACCUACAUGCACAUCUGUGAGACGGACCACUUCAGCAUGGGGGUGUUUCUGCUGAAAAGCGGCGCCUCCAUCCCUCUGCACGACCACCCGGGGAUGCACGGCAUGCUCAAAGUCAUGUACGGCAAGGUCAGGAUCAGCUGCUUCGACCGGCAGGAGCGGCCGGCCGGCGGCCCGCAGGUGGCCCCUCCGCCCCCCCCGGCCCAGAUGGACGCUCUGCGGCGCUUCGUGCUCCGCUCCACCGGGGAGUACACGGAGGAGAGCGGCCCGUGCGUGCUCUCCCCUGACCGGGACAACCUCCACCAGAUUGACGCCGUGGACGGCCCAACGGCGUUCAUGGACAUCCUGGCCCCGCCGUACGACCCGGACGACGGCAGAGACUGUCACUAUUACAAGGUUCUGACAGAAGCGGAGGUUAAAAACACAGAGCAGAAGGAGAAGGAGGUCUGGCUCAUGGAGAUCUCACAACCUCCGGAUUUCUGGUGCGGAGGGGAGCCGUACCCGGGCCCGGAGGUCCGUCUCUGAUCCAUCUGACUGACCUGCAGCCACAAAAUGUCUUCUUUUCUCGGGCUGGUCUGGUUUAUGCACCCUGUAGUGGCACAAGGCCGGGGCCUUUGGACCUGGUUGGACAAACUGAGCUGAGUGAAGGGUCUCUAAAUCAUUAAUCCAUGUGUUAGUGGCACAGGAGGUCAUCACAGACACAAAUUAGAGGGUCUUAAUUGGACCAGGGAAGGAGACUACCUGUUCCUUUAGGGAAAAUGAUUCAGCAGAUAAUUAGGUGACCUCAUUGUAAGGCAUUGCUAACAGUGCUCCCACAACUGCAACUCUGAAAUAUAAUAACUCAAGUUUCCACUUCACUUGGAGCCCCUGGCAACACUACACAACAUCCUGUUGAUCCUUCCCUGUUUGUGUAUGAAGGCUGUUACUGCCAGGGAGGCUUUUAAUGCACUCACAGGUGCUCUGUGUAAUGGGAACACCAAACGACAAACUUCAGAUACGUCUUUUACCCCCAGAAAGGGAAUGAAAUCACACUCAGCAUUUGUUUCUCUGACCCGUAUUCUCUGACCCUAUCCAGCUCAAUUUUGGCAUCGCUAUCUUUCUCCUGUGUUGUCGGUGUGGGCAGCAAUCUCUAUAUCAUGUGCUAGAAGACAUUGGCUGUAACUGGGGAGAGAGAACACUUUGGAGGCCUCCUGUCACACACUUCUGGGUUCCUCUGAUAGAUGUAGUGUCAUUAUAGGUGGCGUCAUUUUGUGAACCAGUACAGGAGCGUAUGGAUGGCAGCUGAAAGGGUUAAAAAGUGAAAAGCACCAAAAUUGGGAGUUUCAGAUGAUGUGAGCAAAUGGGCUAAAAUAAGACCCUGUAAGGUAUUUUCAAGGAGAGAUGCCAAGAAAUGACAAACUGAUGAUGUGCAGGGUGCAAAUGCUGCAUUCAAGAAAAGUCAGGAAGUCUGAAUUCGCUGCCUGCAUCUGGUCUAAGUCGGUGCUUCAAAGUUUCGAUUCCAAAAUUGAAACAUUUGGGGCAGAGUUCUGUACCUCGACGCUUUGACACUAAGCAUUACGCAGACAUACUUUUGAUAACCUCUAAAUAUACAGAAUUUCAGUAUUGCAUGAGCCUUAAUAUACAACAAGUACUUGCUGGUGGUUUAAAGGUAUGAUAUUUAUUUCUAAUGUCUGGUGCAUGAGGGAUGCAAUGCAUGCAUUUUUCCACGCUGCAGCAGUGAAACAUAAUAGUUCGAGAUAUAAUCUACUAGAUUGGAAUUCCUGACUUCUGACUGCACCUUGAAUGCAGCAUUAAAAACCCUGACCUGAGCUGAGUUGCCGGACCGGAGGGGCUGUGUUGAUGCGUUUUAAAUGUCUUCCUGCUUCAGGCUUUGUGACGUUUGUUCCAGUCGGAUAAAGAACUGUGUGAAUCAAAAAUAUCUAAAGCUGCAGGUUUUCUCGUCUUGCGUUGUGUUUAGGACUCAACAAACUGUAGACUGUUUUUUUGUCUGGGAAAAGUUUGAUCCUCAGGGCUGUUUGUGAUCUGUAUCACUGACUGAUUGUUGGAAAGAUGUGCACUAAAUUAAGCUUCUUAGUACAAAUUUUGGUUUUCACUGUUCGACAGGAAUGUGAGUGUGAUUAUAAAGUCAGGACCAUAAAAAGGUUUGAGGUUGGAAUUAAUCAGACAUGCAAGGUGAAUCUGAGGAUUAUGUUUAGAAAUAAAGUUUAUGGAGUGAAAACUCUGAAGCUAAACAAACUUCUGAACAAAUUCUCUGCUACUUAAAAUCAGCACUUAAAUUGUACGGUAUGCACUAAUGAAAAUUGUUUCUUGUUCUGAAAGUAGUGCUGACAUAAAAGUAAAGCACCUACUGUCAUAUUAAAAUCUGUUGGGGAUUUUUGGAGAAUUAGGCUGAUUGAAAUUGUGUGUUUGGAUCACUUUUAUUUCCAACUACAUUGUUAUUUGCAAAUAAAACUUGUCCAGAGUUAAUACAAAAUCCUCCUUUGAGGACAGCGACUGAGACUGAUGUGCUGUAUGUUGUGUCACUGUGGGAGUUUAGACUAUACAGGUCUUCUAAUCAGCUGAUGUUUCAUCAACAGAAAGCUCUUUAAAUCAGAAUCUGAUUCCCAAAUCCGGUUGGUGUAAAAUGAACAGUCACUGUAUCGAUGUAUUUUGCCUAUAAUGAAGGUUUUCUGUCUGUUCAUAUAAAAUGUGCUGUUUAUUUUUGCCUAAA